UUGCGUGCUUUGUUGCUCCUGAGGUUGCGCUUUCUCUGGUGCUUAUUGUCGAACACUUGGCGAUGGUUCUCUGUGGCUCGCCCUCGCCCUUUGGAACCUCCCAGAAAGCUCGAACACCAUCGCGCUUAGCUCCAUAAAACCCUAGAUUAUUCUCGCUGUGAGCCAUUGGAAUCCAGCGCGGAUCCUAUUGCUAUCCAGUUCGCUGUUUUCGAUCGAGAUCUUGGUGGUGAUUUAGGUUUGGAUUUGGGAUGGCGGGAGCGUGUGUGGCGUCGCCGUUGUGUACCUGGUUGGUGGCGGCUUGCGUGUCGGCGGCGUGGGAGGAUAGGACGAGGGGUUUGGGGAAGACGAAUGGAGUGCGGUGGGCGAGGCGGAGGAGGGCGGCGGCGUUGAAGGCUUCCAGCGAGUCGUCGUCCGUUGGGUUCAUCUCAGCUUUCUAUGGGUCCGGAAUCCAGGGCUUGGUGAGCUCAUUGGAACCCUGUGAUGAGUUCUAUAAUAGUUCAAGGAAUGUGUCGGCGUUCUUUGGGGACAGUGCCUUCUCUUUUUUUGGGACAUGGAACUCGGACAAUACUCGGAGGAGGAGGAGGAGGAGGAGAAGCAGAGCCGCUUCAUCUUCUGGUAAAGCCAUGGCAGUAGCUGUGACACCUAUAAAGGAAGUUGCUGAAAAGAAGAAACCUCACACAAAACAGAGAAGGGUUGUGGUGACAGGGAUGGGUGUUGCAACUCCUCUCGGCAAUGAUCCAGAUAUCUUCUACAAUAAUCUACUUGAGGGUGUCAGCGGCAUUAGUGAAAUAGAAGCAUUUGAUUGUACCAGCUAUCCAACAAGAAUUGCUGGAGAAAUUAAAUCCUUCUCAACAGAUGGAUGGGUGGCACCUAAACUAUCUAAAAGGAUGGAUAAAUUUAUGCUUUACUUGCUCACUGCUGGAAAGAAAGCACUGGCAUAUGGUGGGGUCACAGAGGAGGUCAUGAGUCAGUUUGAUAAGAGGAAAUGUGGCGUUUUAAUAGGUUCUGCAAUGGGUGGAAUGAAGGUGUUUAAUGAUGCCAUUGAAGCUUUGAGGGUAUCAUAUAAAAAGAUGAAUCCAUUUUGUGUACCUUUUGCAACGACAAACAUGGGUUCUGCAAUGCUUGCAAUGGAUCUGGGUUGGAUGGGACCAAACUAUUCUAUUUCCACUGCUUGUGCGACAAGCAACUUCUGUAUUCUGAAUGCAGCAAAUCAUAUCAUAAGAGGUGAAGCUGAUCUGAUGCUCUGUGGUGGCUCUGAUGCAGCAAUCAUACCAAUUGGAUUGGGAGGUUUUGUUGCCUGCAGAGCACUUACACAGAGAAAUAAUGACCCAACUAAAGCUUCACGCCCCUGGGAUGUUGAUCGAGAUGGAUUUGUAAUGGGAGAGGGAGCUGGUGUACUUCUGUUAGAAGAACUAGAACAUGCUAAGCAAAGAGGAGCAAAUAUAUAUGCUGAAUUUCUUGGAGGAAGUUUCACUUGUGAUGCUUACCACAUGACAGAACCACAUCCAGAAGGAACUGGCAUUGCUCUUUGCAUUGAGAAGGCACUGUCCGAAGCCGGAGUUGCCCGAGAGGACGUAAACUAUGUAAAUGCCCAUGCAACUUCAACUCCUUCGGGUGAUCUGAAGGAGUAUCAAGCUCUCAUCCGUUGCUUUAGCCAGAAUCCUGAGCUUCGUGUGAACUCUACAAAAUCAAUGAUCGGUCAUCUUCUAGGUGCUGCUGGCGCAGUGGAAGCUGUUGCUGCAAUCAAGGCUAUACAAACAGGUUGGGUUCAUCCAAACAUCAAUCUAGAAAAUCCAGAAGAAUGCGUUGAUAUGAAUGUGCUGGUGGGAUCAAAGAAAGAGAGACUGAACGUGAAGGUGGCAUUAUCAAAUUCAUUCGGUUUUGGAGGCCACAACUCAUCCAUUCUCUUUGCACCUUACAAAUAAAUCAAUCCUUCUUUCUUGAUUGCAUACUACUACUGCUUUUGUCAUUUCACCUGUCAAUCUUAAUCUUGUAUUAUUGAAGUCAAUGUCUCUCUGUAGAAAAUCCAUCUCCUAUUUGAUAAACACUAUGUUUAUGCAUGUUUGUAUGUUCAGGGAUAAACAGAUAGAAAGAUCCCAUCUCAUCACUCUCUUCA